GAUAGUCUGUUACACAUCAAAGUUCCAUCAAUAGCUGUCAAGUGUGAGGGUUUAAAUAGUAAAUAACAGCGACAACAAGCUGCAUCGGCAAAAAUAGUAACUCUCUUGUGUGGAAACACGGAAGAUUGUGAUAUUAGAGUUGUUCCCCUUCGUAGCGGCAGACGACCUUAAGAUAUAUAUUAUGGACGCUUCUGGACUGAAGAAAAGAAAGAGAAACUUCACCUCGGCUGACAUAGACAUCAUUGUGUCAGGCGUGGAAAGUAAUUUUGACACGCUGAAUUCGGCCUUUACAAAUACAGUGACAAAUAAUACAAAGAAGAAGAUUUGGAAAGAUAUCACCACGAAACUAAAUGCCACUGGUGACAUAACCCGGAAUGAGGAUGAAGUACGUAAGAAAUGGACGGACAUGAAGGGAUGUGUGAAGAAGGCAGAGUCAGCCAGGAGGCUGAAUGCUAGGAGGACUGGUGGUGGACCACCCCCAGAUGACCUAACUGCAACUGAAAAGAGGAUUCUACAACUGAUUCCAUCCUGUGCUAUUGAGGGGAUCUCAGGAGGCAUGGAAACACCUGUGUUCAGCAUGAUUCCUUCAGUAGCUGAUGAAGCUGAAGAAGCUACACAGGCAUUAAUGUUUGAUUCUCCACAGGAGGUGUUUUACACUCCACUGACAGCUACAAGCACAGGAGAAAAUGAUUGUGGAACUAUCACAGAAAAGAACCAAGCCAGUCUGGAGGAUAUAAUGAUGACUCCUGCUAUCAGAACCAGAAAACCUAAAGGGAAGCCUCUGAUCAAGAAAACAUCUAAUGAAGAAGACAUUCUGGGAGAGAUAAGGUCCUUACAAGCCCAGGAGGAGAGAAAGAUGUCUCUCCUUGAGGAAAUUCUGUCUGUGCAGCGGGACAUCCGUGACAUCCAAAGACAGAGCCUGGCCCUGGAAAGAGAAAAAUUUGAAUAUAAAAAAUCAUUUGGAAACUCAUUGUCUCCCAUAAUCAAAUUUGAUUAAAGGCAGUGACUCAUGUUACUGUUUACUUGUGAUCACAAAGA